UCGAAAACGUUUUUUGAGUAAUACACUACAAUAUGUAGACACUCAAGAUGUACGACCUGCUAAAAAUUUUUAAAUUUUAAGUAUUUUAAACGUAUCACUAAAAUCCGUAGAAGUGAUGAAUGCUAAGAAAGUCUAUUGCAAUGUUUGUGCUCUUUUUCUAAAUUCAUCUGAUCAAUAUGCUAUGCAUUUAUUAGGAAAACAACAUGCCCGGAAAACACAGAUAUCAUCAUCACAACAUGAACAUGAUCAUCAUGAUUAUGAUCCUAGCAGUACCAGUAAUAUUAGUAAGAUAAGUGUCAUAACUGUUAGUGACAUUGUAAAUUCAAGCUCAACUAAUAUGAUGAACUCAUAUAAUCAACAACAAUUGAUCUCAAAUCAGCAACAGAUGGGCUCAUAUCAACAGCAGUCAUUUUCAACUUGGUUGCAGCCAACAUCAGAAAUAGCUUACCAACAAAUGGCUACACUUGGCACUGCCUCUGAAGGUGAAGCAGCAUCACAUUUUAUGAAUACAAAUUAUCAGAAUACUGGCUAUUUCUUUGACUAUGGUUAUGGCUAUGGAAACAAUGGUUAUGGACAUAUACCAUCACAAAACACAGCUAGCUACAGCAAUAACAGCAACAUCCCUGUGUCAGAGAGUAUUACUCCAGUUAUGUCAAGUGAGGCCUCAGCAAUAAGUCAAACAGCUACCACAAGUAAUCCCAGUCAAAAGGAUCAGUCAACACAGCCUAAAGUGAAAAAAUCUAGAUUUUGCUCUGUAUGUUUAGUAACACUGACAUCUCAGAUCCAGGCUGACAUACAUUUUAGUGGCACAAAACAUAAGAGAACUUUGGCUAUGAAAACACAAUCGAUAAUAGCAGGAGAGAAAAGGAAAAGAGAGGAGUACUGUGCAAUCUGUAACAUUCCUCUUUCUUCCAGUGUUCUAGCUGAGGCUCACUAUGCUGGGUCCAAGCAUGAAAAGAAACUGAAGUUAAUGACUGCAGUUAACACGGCCACUCCUGUCCCAGUGUCCAGUCACCCAGUAGAAACAUUAAAUACAACAACUGAAGUUGUAGCACCAACUUCUACAACCACUGAAGUUUCAGCGACUGUACCAAAAGUAAAGAAAGAACUGGAUGCGGAGACAAAAGCCAAGCUUUUUUGUAGCUGUUGUAAUCUAGCUGUUAACUCCCUUGCACAAAUGACAGCUCAUCAGAGUGGUAAACAACACAAGUUGAAAGCUCGUCAGUUGCCAUCACAACGUGCUCAACCAUAUCAUAUUCCAACCAAUAAGGCAGCCUCUAACUUUGCACAAAAGAAUAACUCUCAGCGAUUCAUACCAGACUUGAAGUCAUCAUUCAUCUUUGGUGAAACUACUCACCAAAAUAUUUCCUUUUGAUUGAACAAGACUUUCUGAGGAUUCAUUUAGGAUUAAAACUAUAUUUCAUUGUCUGAUGAACAUUUGUGUUUCUAUUUGUCAAAUUGGUUAUCUACAAUCUCCUUUGUGACCAAGUGCAACUAUUUGUUUUGAUUCAAACAAUAGACUUUCAUUUGCCCAAUGACUUGCAUAAUGUUUGACAUUGUCCAAAUAAAAUUCUCCAUUAGUCCUGCUCAUUGACUGGUUCAUUUAUUUCAUGAUUUCUUGACCUUGUUUGUAAACUUUCUCUUCAGUAUUUUGAAAAUCAUUUUGACUUUGAAUGAUUUCUUUGUGUUUCUCAACUAAAUUCUCAUGAUACUGAUUGGAUUUUAUUUAUUUCAAAAUCGCCUCCAAGUGUUGGAAUGUCUUGACUUCUUCCUGUAUCUUGGAUUUUCUUCACUGCUGAUGUGCGUUUUGAGUGCUGAUUUCAAUCUGCUGUUCUCCAGUCAGAUCUACAUCAGCUCCAAGAUAAAAAAGUUAUUCACCUGUUUAUGAUCAAAUCAAAUCAAUUUCUUUAUUUUUUUCUAUAUGAAUAUGAACAGAUAUUUCUACAAAAGUGUUGUUGGCGUAGUUCUUUUUAACUUAGUUGUUUGGCGCUGUUUGUUAUAGAAAACCUAGACAAUAUCAAUAACAAUCUUAUCUUGGUUAAACAUCUUGAUAGCUUUUCCCAAACCACCAACUUUCUUAGUUGUUUUUUUAAAUCUAUAUAAUUAUGUGUGAAAUAAUUCAACUUAUUUAGUAUUCUGUGCUUGUAUGGUUUGUAAAUGCUGUUAUUCACACUACUGAUACAUUCUAGAACAUAGAACACACUUUUGUUUAUUUGUGUGUAGCAUAAGUAUGUUCUUACUUGAGUGAUAGCAGUAGUUCUCUAUUUAGAAAGGUUUAAAUUUAUUUGAACUGGAUUGAACUUUUAUUUCUCUAAGUAAUAUUUUAGCCAUUAAUUAGAUUUUUGUUUCUUAACAUUAAAAUUUGUUUUUUUAAACGUGCAAAGUAAUUGGUAUAAUGACCUAUCAUUCUUCAUAAUAGAUACAUGUGUUAACAAUUCUUCAGUUGUUUAGUCAAACUUCUAUUGUACAUGGAAAGUCAUUUUUUUUAAAAAAAAAAAAAAAGGUGAUUAAUAAGAAACUUUUUUUUUUAUCUUGAAAAUAAUUUUUCAGCUCCUGUCCAUUUCAUUGAGAUGUUGAGUUUGUCUCAUUAUUUUAAUCCUGAUGCUAUUGAAUGUAUCCUUUCAUUUAAAAUUCUGUUUCUCCUUUGUUGAUGAAAAAAAAAAACGCUGGAGUCAAAGCACUGUGUGUAUAUGAGAGAAUGUAUUGACUCAGCCAUUCUUUGGAAAAAAAAAUUAGUUUGUAGCCUUGAUUUUUUAAAAAAUAUUUUCAUUUUUUUUUUAAAUUAUUUUGAGGUUUCAAUUCAACUAAACUAAAGAAAUUUGGUUAUUUUGUUAAAACCAGUUUGUUAUGAUCACUAAUAUUGUAAUCAUUUUAUCAUAAUUGACCUUAUUACCAAGCAGCUAGAUGUGUCAGUAUCUCUCAUAUAUUUGUAAAUUUUUAUCACUGAACUCCAUCAAUAUUAAUAAAAUUAUAUUUAUAUGCAAA